GUCAGUGUCAGACCUCUCGUUGACCUGUAUACUUUGGUGCUGUUGGUGGCUGCGGUCAUUUCAAUACUGGUAUUUAGCGUGAUUUUGACGUUGACAGCUCUUGUUUCUUUAUACAUAACGCACAUGGUAAACGUUAUGUUAUCAUAUAAGAGUAAUUUCUUUGAGCUGUCAAGUUGUCUCGUUUCAGACCCAUUUAGCCUAGUAGUGUUGAAAAUAGUGAUAUGGGGGCGGGGUUUACGAAGGGACGACAAUGCCGACUUCUGUUACGGUUGUAUUCCAUAAUCCUGCUGCAGUUUACUUUUCUGGUCAGACUAUAGCUGGCCAUGUCCAAGUGGUGUGUGAUAAACCAAAAACUUGUCGAGGUAUUGAAGUUGAAUUUAAGGGUUACGGUAAAGUCCACUGGACAGAGCGCCAUACCACUGGUACUGGUGACAACAGAAGAACUGAAACCAGGCAUUACACUAGCAGCGAAGUCUACUAUAAGAACAAAUACUAUGUAUGGGGUAAUGGCUCAUCCACAUCAGAACUGCCACCAGGCACGCAUGUGUUCAACUUUAGUUUCCUACUUCCACAAGGGAUUCCAUCCUCUUUUGAGUCUCAUAUUGGCAGAGUGAGGCAUCAUUGUAAGGCAAAAAUGGAUAUUCCUUGGAAAGUGGACAAGUCAUGCCUGCGACCUUACUCAGUCAAUACUCUGUAUGAUCUCAACACUGAUCCACAAGCAAUGAUGAAGAUAGAAUGUAACAAGCAUGACUACAUGUGUUGUUUAUGGUGUAGAAGUGGGCCACUAUCGUUAGUCUUGAGAGUUGAUCGUUCAGGGUUUGUUCCAGGUGAAUAUAUGAACAUCAGUGCUGAGAUUUCUAAUAUGACGCGUGCUAAGAUCAACUUUUCAAAGGCACAAAUCCACCAGAAAAUAACAUACUUGGCUCAAGGUAAACAAAAGAGGGAACAUCGUAAAGUUGCUGAAAGGAAGCAUCCUGAGAUUGCUGCGGGUGGAGAUGAUAUAUGGUCAGGUGAUGCAUUACUGAUCCCUGCUCUUCCUCCGUCCCAUCUUCAGUUUUGUAAUAUCAUUAAUAUUGAUUAUGAAUUUGAGUUUGAGGUAGAGCCCUCUGGUUGUCAUGGAGAUCUUGAGCAUAAGGUACCCAUUUUGAUUGGCUCAAUUCCACUGAAGCAGUACUUUAACAUCUUUGCCAAUGGCUAUCCUGGUCAACCCCAAGUAGCAGGAGCACAAGUACCUGGACAGCCUGCACCAGGUUUUGCACCACCUAUAUCACCAGGUUAUGCACCACCUUCAGCACCAGGUUUUGUGCCACCUACAGCACCAGGCUUUGUGCCACCUACAGGCCCAGGCUUUGUGCCACCUACAGGCCCAGGCUUUGCGCCACCUACAGCACCAGGCUUUGGACAGCCAGGAUACCCAAGUCAACCAUCAUAUAAUCCAGCCAUGCCACCUCAGCCAGGUUUUGGAGAUGUGAAUCCUACUGCAUACAAUCCAAAUAUGCCGCCACCUGCAUAUCCAGGUCCACCCCAGCCAUCUGCUCCAAUGUUUCCCGGUGCAGUGCAAUAUCCAGGGAUGCCUCUACCUGUGUACAACCCGUGCAUGUUUGGUGUUGCAAAUUUCACUGAAGAUGAUAGUGAUGAUGAGCAUGGAAACAAUGGAACUAAAUUCGCUCCUCAUUACAUAUCUUACACCCUUGUUAAUGCGAAGCACCAGCAGUCAGGUUAUGAUAAUUCCUCAUUUGGGAGUGGUAUGGUAACUGAACGAAAGCGACAUGGAAGUGGAAGCAGUAGUAGCAGUUCAGAGCAUGAACACUGUGAUCAAGGUGACAAAACACCCUUGGUUAUCCAUCACCAUCACCAUCAUCAUUCAGGCUCAGAGUCUGAGAAAGAUGCCCCUGUUUGCAUUAAUAAACCUGAUCCAGUCCCAGAACCAGUAACUAAUUCAGUUCCUGAACAUGACAGUCAAUCAUCUCAUAGCAGUAGUAGUAGUAGUAGUAGCAGCAAUGAAGAAGCAGUGGGAGAUGAUCCAGUGCCAGAAGAGGAACCAGUAGAAGAGCCAGAGCCAGAGCCAGAGCCAGAGCCAGAAGAACCGGAGCCAGAGCCAGAAGAACCAGAACCAGAGCCAGAGGAAUAGAAGGCCAUAUUUUUCUUCAGGUUUGAGGUGAUGGUUAUUAUAGCAUCAUUCACAUUACCAAUUGCAUUUAAAAUGUCUGUAGUGUUUUUUAAUUACCCUAGUAGACUCCUAUGAUGUUUACAAUGUUAGUGGUUUUGUACCAGUUGUCCUUGUUGUUAAAGAUUAAGCUGGCCUUAUGCCAGCAUGGGCUCUUGCUCAUAGAGCAGCCUGUAGGCCAGUUGUCCUGUUAUUUCCAAUGUGCUUACCAAGCAAAAGAUGGUUGUUAAUAUUACUCCAUUUUCUGUUCAUAUGGACUAUGUUGUAAAGAUACUUAUUUUUAUUCAGGAGAAAUUAAUUUAAUGUUAAUCACCUCAUGGAUUUGUAUGCUUAGAUUUUGUCAAAAUGAAUUUUAUGUGUGUUCUUAGUACAUACUUACAUGACUAGGUUUCAGCCAGAAUUUUAAAAACCACAAAUUAGCAGUUACAUAAGCAUAAUGAAAGAAUUGUAACUUUCACUGUUGCAUAGGUUAUUUUAAGUGUUGAGAAUAGGAAAAUAUAAUAAUGGAUAAAACUGUAAGCGUCAUUACUUGUAAGGAGAAAACUCAAAAUAACUUCAGUUUCAAAGUUUAUUUUAAGCAAGGAGAGUUAAUGAGAAAACAUCAUUUAAAGUUAGAGGUCAUACAACAUUCUUUUUGUUAUGAUACAUACCUUAUUUUUCAUUAUCCUAAAAUGAGUCAUGAUAUAUUAAGGGACUUGAGGCCUCUUUAAUACAUAGUAGUCUUUUGGGUGAAGUGGUAUCCGUCCAUUUUGACAGUAAAGGUAUAGGGAAGUACCAAAUUUCACAGUUAAGAACUUGAACCUAAACAGUAUAUUUUCCAGGCUGUCACAACAACACUUGUUGUAUGUUUUUCAUAUGCAUAUGCUGAGAGUAGUACUGUGUUCUCUAUGUUAUUUGAUUUUUCAUGUGAUGAUUUCAUGGCUUUAUCAUUUUCUUUCCAACAAACAGUAACCAAUGCAAAAGAAAUUCUACAAGUAAAACACUUUUAGUGAAGUUUGUAAUAGUAAAUUGCUUACUCUUUUGAAAUUUUCUUUUUAUAAAUGUACACAUACAAUUGAUUGAAAUGUUAUUUUAUAAUAACCAGUAUUAGUUUUGUUGUCAGAGCUAGAGUUUUAGGCCUUGUAAGAAUCUAAUGUGAUUUUAAAAAAACAGAAGUGGCAAGUAAAAGCAAUUGUGUAUCUUUAAAUCAAGAUUGAUUAUUAAUUUGUUAAUUUGAUUUGAAUGAUUGAUUUUGUUACUAAUUUGGUUUCUAAGAUGGAUUUUAUUACUUUCUAUGUACCUAGUUCUGUUUUAGUGUUUUUUAUUUUUUUAAAUUCAGAAAUGUCCACUGAUUCCUCAUUAUCCAGCAUAAGUAGAAUCUGUUCAUGAUUGAGAAAAUGUAUUGUGAAAAUGCUGAUUUAGAGUAGUAGUUUUUAAGAUUUAUAUGAACUGUAAACAUCCUACUUGGUAAGAUUUGUGCCAAAGGAAUCUAGCUUUCGCUGUAUAUUUUGUUUGUUAUUAUGGUGUACAUACUAGCUCAUACUUUUUGAGCUAGUCUACCAGUGGAGUACAUUUUUAAGGAAACAAGCUUCAUAGUCCCACAAAAUACAAGUUCUUCUUAACAGAGACAUUUUAAAAUUUUAAUUUAACAUAGACAGAGACAUUUUAAAGUUUCAGUUCCAAUUUAUCCACUGCAAUAUUCUCAGAAACUUCAUGUAACAAAAGAAUUUUCUUUUAAUUUACUCCACUCAGACUAGGAAAAUUUCUUUCAUUUUUGGUUGUCCUACCUUUGUGACCCAUGUGAUUUGAGCACUUCUUAUUUUAACUACUUCACCCUCCAAGAUUUCUCCUUGAGGGAUUUUUUUUUGGAGGGGGGUUCAUUUGUUUUUCUCAACAGAAUUCCAUAUUAAGGUUUGCAAGAAAAGAAAUUUUAGCAGGAUAAAAGCUAAUGAUUUAGAACAUUAUGGGAGUUUGGAAACAAAAUUGGAAACCAGUCAUGAAUUUGGCAAACUUGUUAAUUAUAACUCAUAAAGAUUGAUGAUAAUCAUGAUGAAAAAAUUUGUAAACCAUAUUUUGUGAUUUUGCAUUAAUGCCAAAUUGCAAUUAACAGCAAAUAUACCAGAUAUUGGACACAAAUCUCUUGAAUAAAUUAAGUAGAACUAGAACAGUUUUAGUCUCUUGAAAUAAAGUUUUCAUAAAGAUAUAUUUAUGGGAUGAAAUUGGAUUAAUAUGUAAUCGUUUUGUAAGGAUAAACCAUUCAGGUCAGCCCUGAGAGUUAGAAAUUUUAGCUCAGUGAUUUGUUUAAGACUAUUUUUUAGAGCUGAUUAAACACAACACAGGAAUAAAUAUGAACAAUUGGAUAGCUGUUGCAUUUUCAACAGUACUUGAUGUUGAUGAAUGUCUUAGUGGCAGAGAAGUCCUAACUCCCAAUUGGCCAACCCACUUGGAAGAGGGGCAGCUUUGAGGAGAGAGUCAGAUGAUGCCAGGAAAUAGAGGAGGGUUCCUGCCCAUCUUCCAUAUUCAGAAGGGUUGACUUUGAAAAGAGAAUCUGCACAUGAAUAUAACUUGUUACAACUGCCUAUAUAAAUCUCAAGUCUGCAAGUUUUGACUAGUUGUGUUGGUGAAUGGAAAGUAUUACGUAUACUACAAGGUUUGUAAUUUUACCUAUGAAACUUUUUUUUUCUUUCUUUUCCAUAAACCUUGCAUGUGGAAUGAAUGUAUAUUAUAAUUUUUUUCAAAUUGUUUAAGGUGCUUUCCAGUUGAUGCUCUCAUACUGUUGUCUAAUAAAUUUUAAAGGUACUACACUAAUCAUUAGACCAAUUUAGAAUUGGCUCUAAGAGACCUAAUGACAUCUGAAUAACAGUAUGUAUUUAUAUUGGAUAUUAAUUGCAUUAAUAGAUCAAACUUCUUAGUCUUCACCGAGAUAUUUCCUUUAGGAUGUGGCAGAUUUAAUAUUGAAGUACUACAUACGUACUAUUUUAGGUUACUAUUCAAGGUAUGUAAUUGAUGUUGUUACAUGUAAUAUUAAGAUUUUAGUCAUAGAACAAGUUACUAAUGCAGUCCAGUUAAUUGAGUUAUUUGUAAUGUUUUCUUAAAACACUGAUCUAUGAAACCUGUAAAAGCCAGAAUUAUAUAAAAUCUAGUUGUCAUUUAACAUUCACCUUACAAUUUAACAAAAUUUAACAUUCACCAUAGUAUACAUUUCCUAUGGUCAUUAUAUAAAGAGAAUGGUGUAAAAUACAUAUAAAAUUUCCCAGCAUCAAAGUCGCUCUUACCACCAAGAUACAUCAUAAUUUUUACUAAAAAAAAAAAAUUAGGUUGCACUAUCGUGAGUUGAUAGAUUUUCAAUUGCUGUGCUGCUCAUAUUUGAUCUUGCUAAAAGUAAGAAUUACCAAUGCAGGAGUGAAUGUUGUGACUGUGAACAACCUUCGGUCUCUAGAAUGCACACUAAAUUUCAGACUUGUUUCCGGGGAAAAUAGUAUCUGAUGCCAAGAAAUGCAGUAGGUAAACAGUUAAUUCAUUUUUGUUUCAUUGAUGAGUUGCCUAGAAAUAUAAGUUAUCAGUAAUGAAUAACUAAUAGGUAAGGAACAAUUCUUGAUAAUUAACCAAACCACAUGCUACAUAUAUAUUGUAUACGAUUAUCGUGGUCACAGGUUGCCGAGGGGUAUGUUGUUGGUCCCACAUAACUCGCUACCAAGUACAGAUGCCAAUAGUCACUUGCAUACACAAUUUUAUUGACUUUACUGGUUUCCAGCUGGCGCUAGAAGAUUUAUCCUAAUGUUAAGACCGAAGGUUUGUUAGUUAUGAAAAAUACAGACUGAUUAAAAAAUUUGUCAUUUCAUGAUGUAAAGAACUCCAGUUAAAUUAAUAUUAAUGGAUGCUUAAGAUGGCAGUGGUGACAACACUGCAGUCUUGAAGUAUAAACAGUGUAUUGGCAUAUAAUUCUUUUCUUCACCGUUUGAAUAAGAGCCGAUUGUAAAUUGUGGCAUUGUAUACUGGAAGUGUUUUGCAUGUAUAAUCUUAAAUUUCUUUACAUAUUUUCAAAAUUAUAUGUUUUCACUCUCGUGUCAAAGACAAUUUUGUGUUGUUAACCAAUCCAGUAUUGUAAUAACACCUCUUGUUAACUAUUUACAUACGUAUUAUUAGCUACUAUGUUUAUUUAGUAUAUUGUUUCAUAAUUGCUUUUUACUUCAGUGUUCGCUUAUUUGAGUUUUUAGUUUUUAACAGUAGAAGUAGGCAUUUGUUACAUCUGCCUUCCAUUUAUUAUAGCAUGUUGUGUCAUACAAAAGCAAACCUAAUUUGUACUGUAUAGGUGCCAUAAUUGCCAGUCAGAAUACCAUUCCAAAUGAACUAAGCAUUUGUUGAUUGUUCCCAUCUUCUUUGCUACAGCUUUUACUUCAUUGUUUGAUCUCUUUGAAGGUUAGAGUGGGAUCACUAAGCACUGUUGCUUCAGCAGUGCCACAAAUGAACUAGGAAACCUUUCAGUGCUGCUUGGCAUACUAAUACUAAGGACUCAUAAAUCUAGUAAGAGUAAUUAUAAAAUUGAUUCAUGGUAAAGAAUGAUAUAUCUAGUUUUAAUAGCCUAUUUUAAAAAAUAUUCAAAUAUUUUUUAGCAGUAAACUGAUUUCAUAAUGAUAUAAAUCAAAAUGUCAGGUUUUGUUUUAUUAAACAAACUGAUCCCGGUUGCACACGGUUGAGUUAUUUUAAAUUUAAAAACAGUUCAUGUUUUUCCAUCUCCUGUGUAAUGUAUUUUAGCAUUGGGAGUUGAGCUUUAUGUCUUGAUUAAAAUUUCAGGAAAUGUUCAUUUGCUCUUUUGUCUUAAAUAGUAGUAUUAAUAAAUUGACGUAUAUCUGGGUGCUACAUACCCAGUGUAUGUCCAAAUCAGUUGUUUAGUGCUUCUAGAUGGUCAUGGUUCUGUUGUUUCCUUGAAUAAGUUCACUUGUGUGUAUUCCAUGUCUGAAGGAAGCAUUGGUUGUCUCCCCCUCCAGUUCCUCUAGGUUGGAUUAUCAGCGUAAUUGGCUUUGAACCUCUGCAAAAGUUAUUUACCCCUAAGGCAAGUUGUAUGCAGAAGCAUUAUUGUGAUGGGCAGUGCUUCUCUUUUUCACAAAAUACAGAGCUUUUAUUGUUUUAGUAUAUUGUUGGAAUUGUUAAUAUAAGAAUGUUCAAGACUCAUACUUCUUAACUAGGGGAUUGGGAAGGUAAUACCAUUACUGAUUAGUUCCUCUUCACAUAAAUGUUUGAACAAAAUUUUUUUUUCUUCAAUCAGUUUUAACUCUACUCUUGUAGGUUUAUACUUUACUGGGCUCCAUCUGCAAAUAAUGGAAUGAGUGGUAGUAGAUGAAAUGGAAGACUUCCCUUGGGGAGAGAGAUCUCACCAGACAGCUGAAAAUUCACACUUCUUUGGAAGCAGUACUUGGUCUGUUUGCUUGUAAGUACAGUGUCGUGUAUAAUUAAUCAAAUGUUUUGUCAAUUUUCAGACAGUGUUUUAUUGUAAAGAAAAUAAACACAUUUUUUUUUUAUCUUGGCAGAUUUGAAAAGUAGGUAUACAUACAGCAUUUUAUGAUAAAUGAGGCAAUGUGACUACUUUUGUUAUAAGUACACAAACGUUUUUUAUUGUGUUGUGAGGAGUGUUAGUGUCAUACUUCAUUUUGUUUAAGGAGAUAGACAUCCAAUCAUUCAUUUAUAGACUGGAUAUGGAUCUUCACUCAAAAAUAUUCACAAAUUGGGCUAAACUUCCUAUCUUUUUAGGUAGCCUUAUGAAUGUUUGGAAAACUCGGGGUUUAGCACAACUCAUAUGUCAAAUAUAAAUGCAACAGUAAUCCAAAUAACUGGAGUGGUAUUUCAGAAACCAUAACAUAGCUUUGUAUUUUCUGAAACUAUAAUUUUGUACAUGAACUUUCCUGUCAGAUAUAUACUUAGCUUUACGUCUCUGACGUAAAGCUAAGUAUAUAUCUGCCAGGUAAGUAUGUACAAAACCUUAUUGUAUACUAACAAUAACAUUUUUAAGAAAUUUAAUAAGGAACCAAGUAGCUAUUUUGAAUACUUAUUUCAAACAUAUGUAGCACAGUUUUCAAAAGAUUCAUAACAUAUAGUUAAUGGAAUAACUUGCAUGGUUUUACAGAUAGUUAUUAAAUAAUAACAACGAAUGAUUCUAUGGAAAGUAACAUACAAGAAUUGUAAAUUGCC